AUGGCUGCUGUUGUAUCUUGGUUGUUGAGACUUCUGGUUCUUGUCACUCUUGUGACAGCCAGCCCCUACUCUUGGUCUGGCAUCAACACCCGUGGGGACAAUGCCGUUUCCCUUCAAGAGGACGGCGUCACCCAGCUAGAUGCCAUGCCAGGCUUCCCAGAAGGUCCCUUCACCACGCUAAAGCCAGUACGGUACGAUCCCAGGGCCCAUGUAAAGCGUUCCCGCCUAGAAGACUUUGAGGCCGUCAACGAGCAAUCCGUUUACUGGGGGCUCGAAGACGACGACCCCGUCGCAGAGGUCCAUGUUCGAAUGAAGAACGAGACCGAAGGAUUCGUCAACACGGAAUUCUUCGAAGACCUCAUUGAGUCGAUGAGUUGCCCGAAGCAGGGCAAAGGCAACCUGGUAAUGAAGUUCUCUCGGGACAUUGAUAUGGACGAUGUUUCGACGCUGUGGGAGUGGGUUCGCAAAGCAGAGGAUAACCAGCUCGUGUUCAUGGUCGCCGAUCGUGGUUGUGGGUGGAACGAGGGUCGUUUGAUGUACCGUGUCAACGACAUUGACUUCCUCCCCGACUAUACCGCCGUCCUCAAGGCUACGAAGAUUGACUGGUGCAAAAGCCUCCACAAGUGUCAGAUACGCAUUGGAGGAAAGUCAAUCCGGCGUCCAAAUCCUUUAGUGUCCCUGACAAAACGGUGGGAUCUUUGGGAUAAAAUGAAGAAUAAGACGAAAGAGAUCAAGGAUGACGUCUCUGAAAAGUUUGAUGAGGUGGCGGACAAGGUCUCUGACAAGGUCGAGGAAGCGACGGACAAGAUCUCUGAAGAGGUUGAUGAGUUCAAGGAGGACGUCAAGGAAGUCAAGGACAAGGCCAAGGAAAAGGUCAAGGACAAGGUCAAAGACCUUGUAGAAGGCGAGCACGAUAAGCACUUCUCCAUCCCCUUUAACAUGGACGUCUCUGGAAAGGGUCUGGCGUUCAGUAUGGAAGGCGUUGAUUACAAUGCCCACUGCUCGAACUGUUCCACUGAUGGGUCCUUUGAGAUUGACGCCGCGUUGACUAUCCACGACGGGGAAACAGAGGAGGCCUCCGUCGGGUUGACCACCGAUGGUCUCAGGGCGACAACAAUCUUGAGUCUCGGUAUCAAAGGGAAGAUCAGCGAGCCUCUCAUUGAGAAAUCCAUGCCGAUAUUCAAGGUAUCUCCAGCGGGCAUCGCUAUUCCCGGCGUUGUAACCAUUGGCCCUACUAUCACCGUGGCUCUCAAGGCUGGCGUCGAUGCCAUUAGAGGGGGAGCCACGAUGACUGUAGGCGGGCACAUGAGGGUCCAUAACUCUUCAGCUACCCUCAACUUUUUGAAGGAGGAUAAGACGAAUGCCGAGGGCUGGGACGUGGACAUCGAGAGUCACCCCGUCGAGAUCGACGGCUUCGUCGAGGCCAAAACGUAUCUGUCAUUGAGCCCAUCGCUUGGUCUAGAGAUCAGUCUCCUCGAAACUGGAUUUGCCGCCGAGCUUUCUGCCAAUUUGCCCUACCUAGCCGCGAGCAUCAAAGGGACUCAGUCCCUUACAUGCAGUGCCUGCGGAAAUUAUUCGACAGGCGUAUCGGGCAGCGUUGACCUUGGUACCUCCGGUUCUAUCGGUCUGAAAAAGAAGAUUGCUGGCACGAUGAAGGACCUAUGGUCUCUAAGUCUCUAUUCUGCUGCUCUCCCGCCAAUGGCUCCCUUUUGUAUAGGCCUUGUUGCUUGCUCGGCCUCGAAUGGAACAUCGAACGGAACAGAGCCUGAUAAGGCUGCGAAUAUCUCGACUAUCGCAUUAUCUAGGUUCCAAAGAUAG